ACCAGCUGUCGCGUCUUGUCUUAGGUUUGUACUAGUUAGUGGCUAAUUGAUAUCAUUUGAUUUUUAGUUUUAUGCUAGUAGUAUUUGGUGAAAUGUGGUAAAGAACGAUAUCGAAUUUCUCUACACGCUAAUUCUGCGGGUGAAACGAGCUUUCGUUCAAAGGAUCACGAUGUCUAAAAGCUGUGCCAUUCCUGGAUGUCAGUCGCAGUGCGACAUAGCAAAGUUAAUCAGUGUCUGUUCUACACCCCUCUUAGUCCAAUGGUGGAAGGAUGCACCAUGGAACUCAGUUAACUACUGUACUAUUGAGAGCAUGAAGGAUACCCGCAUAUGCAGCACACAUUUUCGUGAAGACCAGCUGGAUUUUAGUAACAUGUUACCGAUCGUCAACCCUAAUGUUGUGCCAUCUGUAAAUCUUCCUUUGGUAAAGGUCGAAAAGGAGAGGUGUAAAACCGUACCGAACUAUAAUCCGCUACUCAUAUUUUGUCGCUUUUGCGGUAAAAAACAAAAUUGCCCUAUCCAGAAUUACAUCGAAGAUCUUAUUGAGUCGGAGGGUCUAGUGCAACUUUGCCUUGGCCAACGAAGAUUUUAUGAGGGGUUUCCGAACGGAGUAUGUGACCCCUGUUUCCAGAUAAUUAAAAUGACGACUAACUUCAUAAGAGUUUGCGAAAAAGCUCAGGACAAGCUACAAAAAAUGUUUUUUGAAACAUCGCAGAUUGUCGAUUCUUGCAGCAAGGAAAAAAUUGAGGAAAAUUUGGAUGACAGUUGCGAUAUGCCUAGUGUAAUAGUUUCAUUUGAUGACUCAGAUAGUUCCUCAGACAUUGAUCUCAAUCCGUUUAUGGAAAAUGAAAACCAAAUGCAAACUAUUACUAUAGGAGACGACAUUCCAGAUCCUUUGGGGCUACAGGCAAAAAAGAAAGUAAAGAAAAAGUCCGAUGACCGUGGUGAGGUCAAAUGUACUUUAUGCGAUCGUAUUUUCAAUCGCAAGCGUGCUCUUAAGGCUCACAUGGAAUCCGUUCACGAAGGGCGUGUGUUUGUUUGUCCAAUUUGCGGCAAACAGAUGGGUUGGCGCAAGACCCUACAGAGACAUAAAAAAAGUCAUGAAUUAGAUUAUUACAAGCACAAGUGUGAACUAUGUGACAAAUCCUUUAGUCGGCCGAGUCAUCUUAAAUUACACAUGACGAAGCACACCGGUGAGAAAGUACACUGCCCGCUGUGUCCAUCUAGAUUCCGUUGCAACUAUAAACUGGGUGAUCAUUUGACAAAGCUUCAUAAACUAGACGCGCAGGAAGCAAAGGAAUUGGCACGAAAAGCUGUGAAAUUCUAGUGUGAGUAUGUAUGAUUUCAUAUGACAAUAUGAAAUUAAAUGCAAGAUUGACCCUU